AUGUUUCUGGCUCCGACAAUACACUUCACGCACAGAAAACACCGCAUUGGAACCCUCGGGAACCGAGUAGUAGCUCGCUACCAUCGACCGUGCACCAACGUUCCAAAACCGCGAGCCCGUGUUCCGUCUCUUCAACGCCGGCUCUCAGUUCAAGCGUCGGCUCUCAGAGUGGGCCACGGCUUUGAUCUGCAUCGCCUGGAACCUGGACUACCUCUGAUUCUCGGUGGUGUGCGUCUCGAGCACGAUCGUGGUUGCGCAGCGCACUCGGACGGCGACGCCGUCUACCACGCUGUUACGGACGCGAUUUUGGGUGCCUUGGCACUGCCGGACAUUGGCCAGCUUUUCCCGGACACCGACCCCCAAUGGAAAGGGGCAACUUCGGAUGUUUUUCUCCGGGCAGCCGGGGCUAUGAUGCUUCAACAGGGGUACCGCAUCGCGAACCUCGACGUUACUGUCAUUCUGGAACGGCCCAAGCUCGCCCCGCACAAAGAACAAAUACGCCAGAAUAUAGCGGGACUUUUGGGGCUUAGUCUCGAACAAGUGAAUUUGAAAGCAAAAACACACGAAAAAGUAGAUAGCAUCGGGGAGAAUCGCAGCGUCGGCUGUCACGCCAUGAUCCUACUCGAGCGUCAACCGCUCGGGAACAGUGACGAGCCUUCCACGUCCGCAUCCGAAAGCUUCGCAUCAUCAGCAAGCGGUGCUCCCAACGCUGCAUCUCCUAAUAGUCUGGAAUCGGGUGUGUUUGCCGCACUCGCAGCGACGCUCUCUCGAGUCCAUGAAGUGAUCGAGUCACGACGGUCAGCAGACCCGGAGAAAUCAUGGACAGCGAAGCUCUUCGCGAAAGGACGCCAUAAAAUCGCCCAGAAAGUCGGCGAGGAAGCGCUUGAAGUGGCACUAGAUGCUGUGCAAAAUCGACCUGAUCGCGUCGUGGAAGAAAGCGCCGACCUGUUGUACCACCUUUUGGUACUGUGGGCGGAUCUGGGAGUCCAUCCCAACCAGAUCGCAGCGGAGCUUGAAAAGCGACAAGGCAAAAGCGGUUUACGCGAAAAGCAGCAUCGCAAUGAAUACAAGGACACAAAGGAGCAGCAUGAUUUGGUGCAGCACUAA